AAUGGUUUGCUACUUUACAAAGCUGGAUCCAUUCCUGGCUCCACCUUAACUUUUAGGCAACAUUCCGACCACUCUUCCACUUCAGGGAAGGAAUUUUCCUGGAAAAAAACACUGGAAGUGGAAGAUGCAGGAGGAAAUAGUUUGGAGUUGUAAAUAUCUGACUGAAACUAAGAGGCCCGUGUGCACAUGGCAUUAGAUGCAUAUCUUUUUAGGGGAAAACGUGCAACAAUCUGUGCAUGCGUGGGCUGCAGAAUUCCACACGUGGCAUGACGUUAGUUUGAACUAUUCCUGCUGUAAUAAAUCCCCGAAAUACUCCACCGCACUGCGGGUUUAAACUACUCCAGCAGUCACCUCCCUCUGUAAUUUACAAAAAAACGACAGCCCCCCCGAGUUUGCAAGAAGCUGCAUGCAUGUGGGUCUGCACGUAGCGUUGAGGGAAAAAAUCCAGCCCCGAGCUGGAGACAGCCAACUGCACGGUGAGACAUCACAGAUAGGACGAGCCACCGGUUCCUGCUGACUUCACCGAGUCCGUUCGUGAGGAAGUUCUUCAGAGGAAGCAACGAGCAGGCUGACCCCUCAGGACGAGGUAAAUAAGUAGAGAAAAAUCCUCCAGAGGAUGGAGCUACCGUGUUGGUGUUUGUUAUUGCUGAGCUGCCUGGAGUCGCUCUCAGCCAACAAUGAUUUUUUCACAUCAAUAGGGCAGAUGACAGAUCUCCUGUACACAGAAAAAGACCUCGUCACGUCUCUCAAAGACUACAUCCGAGCCGAGGAAAACAAGCUGGAGCAGGUCAAACGGUGGGCUGAUAAGUUGGACUCCCUGACAUCCACCGCCACACAGGAUCCCGAAGGUUUCCUGGGUCACCCCGUGAACGCCUUCAAGCUGAUGAAGAGGCUCAACACAGAGUGGGGGAACCUGGAGAGCCUUGUACUUAGUGACACCACCGAUGGAUUCAUUUCCAACUUGACCAUCCAGAGGCAGUAUUUCCCCACGGACGAGGACCAAACUGGGGCCGCUAAAGCUCUUCUCCGCUUACAAGACACAUACAAGCUAGAUGCCAAUACCAUCUCUACAGGAGACCUACCUGGAGUGAAGCACAAGAACCGCAUGACGGUGGAGGACUGUUACGAACUGGGCAAAGUGGCCUAUACUGAGGCGGACUACUAUCACACCGAGCUGUGGAUGGCCCAGGCCUUGAGGCAGCUGGAGGAGGGAGAGGAGUCCCCUUUAGACAAAGUGACUGUUCUGGACUAUUUGAGUUAUGCCAUCUACCAGCAGGGGGAGCUGGAGCGCGCGCUGGAUUAUACCAAGAAGCUGCUUCAGUUAGAUCCAGAGCAUCAGCGCGCCAAAGGCAAUCAGAAGUACUUUGAGUACCAGUUGGAGAAAGAGGAAAAGAAGGAAAAGACCACAGAAAAAGAAACCGAACAACAAGAUCGAGGGAAAAGAGACACAACCCAAACGAAGAAGAAGAAGUCUCAAAAGACUUUCUCUCUGAUCCCAGAAAGGAAGAAGUACGAGAUGCUUUGUCGAGGCGAAGGAAUCCGGAUGACGCCCCGCAGACAGAGCAAAUUGUUCUGUCGUUACUACGACAACAAACACAACCCCAAGUUUGUGCUGGGGCCCGUCAAGCAGCAAGACGAGUGGGACCGGCCCUACAUCGUUCGCUACAUCGACAUCAUCUCCGACGAAGAAAUUGAGAAGAUCAAGCAGUUGGCCAAACCGCGGCUGCGCAGGGCAACCAUCUCCAACCCCGUCACUGGAGUGCUGGAGACUGCUCCUUACAGGAUCAGCAAAAGCGCUUGGCUCACUUCGUACGAAGAUCCGGUGGUUGAGAAGAUCAACCAGAGGAUUGAAGAUCUCACAGGGUUGGAAAUGGACACGGCAGAAGAGCUGCAGGUUGCAAACUACGGCGUGGGAGGACAAUAUGAACCUCACUUUGACUUUGGAAGGAAAGACGAGCCAGAUGCCUUUAAGGAGCUGGGUACAGGGAACCGCAUUGCGACGUGGCUCUUUUAUAUGAGUGAUGUGUCUGCAGGGGGCGCCACAGUAUUUCCUGACGUUGGUGCGUCAGUUGGACCUCAGAAGGGUACGGCUGUGUUUUGGUACAACCUGUUUGCCAGCGGGGAGGGCGACUACAGCACCCGACACGCAGCCUGUCCAGUGUUGGUGGGCAAUAAGUGGGUAUCAAACAAGUGGAUCCAUGAAAGAGGCCAGGAAUGGCGGCGACCUUGCGGCCUAAAUGAAACUGAGUGACACCCGGGUCGUUUUACUUCUUGUUAAGCACCAGAAAACACAGACGGCAUCCGAACGGCUUCCUCUGUCCACAAUUAUUUGCUUCCUUUGUUUUUCUCCAUGCAUCACCAGCCUCUGAGCCUAGAGAUCACUCUCAGUCGAGCCCCUGGACAGAUUGAGCAUGGCGCCGGCAGACAGCUCGGCCGUUGAAUGGUUUUGAGAAACACUUCGUUCACUCCCACGUGUCUUUCUUUGCACUCUCACUGAGCAGCGGUUCUGUGGUAAAACUCCCCUCCAGUGGUGACUUGCAGGGACAAACUUCCUCCUUUCUGUUUCUCUACAAAGAGCUGUUGGUGUUUUCAAAAAGGCACUGUCUGAUGGAUUCUAAGAAAAACCUCAAUCGUUUAAGCAACGAAAAUGUCCUACAGCUUCACAUUUUUUUUUAUUCUUCUCUUUUUCUGCCUAGUUUUUUAUGCAUUUACAUGGAAUGACUUUUACUCAGCAGUUACAACCAAGUUUUGUUUUUAAAAAUAUAUUAGAAUGAAUGUACUGCUUCGGAAAUGGAUCAUACUCUCAAAAACAGAAAUAUCUUACAACUCUACAAGGUGACAGUCUGAGUAACAAUCAAGCGAAAUGGUUGAUUUAAAAACUCUUGUAACACUAGUGAUUAAACUAUACGAUAAAUUAUACUUGAAAUAACUCAUUAAUUUCAAUUUACUUUAACCCAACACACUGCAUACUGUCAAGUAUUUUUUAUUAUUAUACAUAAUUUUCAGCACAUAUUUUUAUUUAGGAUUUCUUAAACAAAUUAAGGCAUAUUCCGUCUUAAAUCAUUUGUUUUUGAUCAGUUUAUGAUUGAAAAGUGUCCCUGCAAGCCACUCUGGGUUUUAUCAGAAAGCUGAACUUUUAUUUAUAUGUCCGAAGCAAUUUUUGUUUUUAUGUAAUGUGCAAAAAAACCCUCUGAAGUGUGCUCUUUUUUUAUUUCUAAAAUAAAGAUUGUGUAUUGACAUGAGUGGAA